AUGGGUAUCGGACAGAAGAUCAAGGACGCGCUGCAUCAUGACAGCCCCCCAAAAUCUUCCACAUACGAGAACGACAAGCCUCCCGGGAGCUUUCCCUCGGAGACCGCAAACACCAAGCACACAAACUUGACAGACGGCCGUGAUUAUACGACGACCGGCAACACGACCGGCACCACUGGUACUUCGGGCCUGACCGGAAAGAAUACUACCACCACCACCGGCACCGGACGUCACAGCCCGACCAGCAACCUGACGGGCAACACCCACGGCGGAGCUACCGGCGACAUUACCGGCAAGAACCACCGCACUACCGACUCCGGCAUCGAUGUUGGUCACGGACACAACCGCACCGGUGAGCAAGACACGCAGAACCCGUACUGGGGCUCCAUGGGCCGUGAGAGCCAUGGUGUGAUCGGUAGCGCGGAUUCUUCUGGUCUGACCGGCUCUAACGCUCGUGCAGGCUACAAUGAUCCCGCCGGCACCCACGGCCCUCACGGCAACCGUGCCGAGAACCUCGCCGACCCCCGUGUCGACUCUGACCGCGACCACCGCGGUGCUUCCGGCACCGGUCUGACCGGAUCUAACGUUCAUAACUCCAAUGUUCGCACCGGCUACGACGACCCAUCCGGAAUCCACGGACCCCACAACACCCGCACCGGCAACCUGGCCGAUCCUCGUGUUGACUCUGACCGUGACCACCGUGCUGCGCCUGGCACUGGUCUCACUGGUACCACUCAUGGUACCCAUGGUACUCACGGUACAACUGGCCUGAACAACUCCAAUGUUCGCACCGGUUACGACGAUCUCGAGGGAACUCACGGCCCUCACUCUGGCCGCGUUGCCAACGCGGUUGACCCUCGCGUCGACUCCGACCGUGAUCACCGUGGUGCUCCCUACGGCGCCAACAAGGAUCUCCCUCUUCGUCCCAACGAGCAGUACGGAGCCAAUGAUCGCCUUAGAGGCCAGGGUCCUGAGGCUGUUGGCGGUGGCGUCUACAACCCCAACGUUCCUGCUGGUCACCACGAUCCCACCUCCAACGUUGAUCGCUCUAUUGAGGGUUCUCACUUCACUCACACCGGCCAUGCCGGCAACACAGGUCCUGGCGCCCAGACCCAGCACGCAACGCAUGCCAACCCUUCUCUCAUCGGGGCUCACAGCAACGACCCCUACGACACUAGGAUGAGAGACAGAGAUAUGGGCUAUGAGCGCUCUGGUCAUGGUAUUGCCGGCGGUGUUGCUGGAGCCGGCCUUGGCGCUGCUGCGACCGAGGCUUCUCGCAGACACCACCACGAUGACAUCCGCGAAUCUGGUUACGGCGCCAACACCACCCGCAGCGGCGUUGACGACUACUCUCGCACUUCCGGUCCCGGACUCACCGGCCACGAGCCUGGUGUUCCCAGAACCAGCAUGCUGGACCCUUACAACGAGUCCCCUACCACUCACGGAGUUGGUGCUGAUAAGGGCAUCGUCGGUGGACGCAAUGGUUCUCCCCCAUUCAACCAAGGUUCGCUUCAAUCCUCUAUUCCCUCCGGUAUGGGUCCUGACCAUUACGGCCCAGGCCACGAAGGUGCCAAGGUCAUGCACACGUGCUCCCACUGCGGUAACGACAAUGACAUCAGCCGCUACUUCAAGAAGGAUGCUGUGUACCGCAUGAACUAA